GAGCCUUGUGGGUCCCUUCCAAGGCAGGAUGUUCUGUGAUUCGAGCUCUUUGGUUAAGCCUUCCUCUGCCCAUGAAGAGCUGGCAAAGCUGUUGGGGGUGGGGCAGACAGCUGUUGGUGCUGUCUCUAGGACACAACAAUGGCAGGCCUAACAUUCCAUCCCUGGAGACGCUCCAAGAGGAGCAUCCAGACCUGUGUCCAGUCAACAGAAGCGACCGGCCACCGAGCGUGACUGACCAUGGCCCUGUCAGCUCUGUGGCGCCGCUCUGUGAGCUGGAGAUCAGCCCUGACCCGGCUGGUGCAGCUCUUCUGCUCCCCCCAAAGCUCCGGCACCAAAGGCUCAGCCAACCUGCCUCCACCAGCCCCACUGGCAAGCAGCCCUGGUGCUGCUGUUCCAUCCAGUACUGCCCAGGGGGGGCCCCAGGGCAGUGGGAAGCCGCUGGCUGGGGCAGACCAACGUGCCCCCCAGGGUCAACUGCAGCCCUACGACCAUCAGGGGAGAGCAGUGGCCCCGGUCCCACCAGCGCGGCACAGCCCUGCCAGCUCAGCCAACCCCUCCGGGACACCCCUGGGCAGUGGCAGCCCCCCAGACAGGAGCACCCCCAUGGAUGUGGACGUCACCCCGGCACUUAACAUCAGCCUGGCCAGUGACGUCUCCAUGGAGGAGGACGCCCCCCGCGGCUGCGACCUCUCGCUGCCCACCGACGUCUCCAUGGAGGAGGACACCGCCCGCGGCUGCGACCUCUCGCUGGCCAGCGACGUCUCCAUGGAGGAGGACACCCCCCGAGGCUGCGACCUCUCGCUGGCCACCGACGUCUCCAUGGAGGAGGACGCCCCCCGAGGCUGCGACCUCUCGCUGGCCAGCGAUGUCGCCAUGGAGGAGGACACCUCCCCGCCCAGGCACACCACCGCCAGCCCCUCAGCCGCACUCCAGCUCCAAGCCAUCAGGGAGCCUGGGGUGACUCCAGCCAGCCGCGCUCUGCUGAGUGGGAAGGUCCUGCCGCAGGGGACUCAGGGGCACUUGGCUUGCUCCCCGGGGGCUGCAGGGACCAGCCAGGAUGGUGGCAGCAGCAGCGUCCCCGUGCCCACGGACCGUGGAGACACCAAGCUGGAAAGGCGGGGGGCGAAGAGGAAGAGGGGCUCUGAGCCAGGGCCUGCCAUGAAGAUCAAGGCUCCCGCAGCCGGGGCUGGGGCAGGAAGAUUGGCUUAG